GAGUAACAUUUGCCCUGCUGUUAGAUUGACUGAGCACUUUGACUUUGGACAAGAGAGAAAAGAAACUGCAAAUGAGUGGAAUGGAACAAAACACAAGCACAGGACCUAAUCCUGGAGAAAAUCAACAGCAGACUGGAGAGCCUGAAUCUGGAACAAAUAUUCAAGACACAGAAUCAAAUCAGAAUGAUGCUGAACCACAGCAAGCAAGCAGCACAGGACCUAAUCCUGGAGAAAAUCAACAGCAGACUGGAGAGCCUGAAUCUGGAACAAAUAUUCAAGACACAGAAUCAAAUCAGAAUGAUGCUGAACCACAGCAAGCAAGCAGCACAGGACCUAAUCCUGGAGAAAAUCAACAGCAGACUGGAGAGCCUGAAUCUGGAACAAAUAUUCAAGACACAGAAUCAAAUCAGAAUGAUGCUGAACCACAGCAAGCAAGAAUGGCAACUGAACUGGCUGUUUCAGUCACAGGAGACACAAAGAAUAUCCCAGUUAGUAAAACGCCGGCUGAGAUCAAAACAUUUUAUGAAGAGAAACUUCAUGAGGCAAGAUCUGCUCUGAAACAGAAAGAUGAAGAACUGAAAUCAGUCAAAGACAGGCUUAGGAAUGAAGAAACCAUGAAACCCAGCUGCCGACGGUGUGAACAACAUGAACGUGAACACAAAGAAAGCAUGACUGAGAUGGAAACAUUUUACAAAGAGAAACUUCAGGAGGCAAGAUCUGCUCUGAAACAAAAAGAGGAAGAACUGAAAUCAUUCAAAGACAGAGUUGCACCUGACUUGGCUCUGUCAAUAAAGACAGGAGACACUGACACUGACACUGAGAGCAUGAACAAUCCAGUCAGUAAAACCAAACUGACAGAGAUGUAUAACAAACUGAAACUGCUGCAGUGGCCUAAAAUCAAAGAUCAUCUGAAAUCUAAUGCUGUGAGCAGAGAGUUUACCAGAGAUCUGAGUCAGAAAAUGUUUAGAGAUGCAGCAGAAGAAAUGGAGAGAAAGAAGAAGCAGAUAGAUGAAGUGUUUGGACUGACUGAGAACAGCAGUGGACUAACACCUCAGAAGGUUAAAGAGUUCAGACAGUUAACAAUUCACAGUCUUCAGAUGAAUCUGUACCACAGGAGGAAAGAAGAUCUUCUUCAGAGUCCUUUCCUUGAUGAUGAAGCUCAGUACUCCCAGGAUGUGAUGGUGAACUUCAGACUUCUGGCCUCUGAAUGCUACUGGUUGGGUUCUUUGAUGGCUUUAAACAAUCCUCCUCUUCAGCCGGACUGGGAGAAUAUCAGUCCUGGGAUGGACACCUGGGACAUUUUCCCACGAGACAUCAAGUCUGUUUAGGUCACGAUGAGGAAACAAAUUAAGUGAAGAGAAAAUCAGUUUCAUUUUAGAGUCUCUGUGUUUGUCAAGGAUCAGAAAUUACUACCUGUUAUUAUCCAAACCCCCCAAGGUGCAGCCACACCCUGCACCUAGACAUUCAGACCUUGUCAUCAUGUUCCCACUGACAAACCCUCAGCCAGGUCACUGCCAAACACCAACAGAAAAAGAUCAUAUCACCUUGUGCUGGUCAAAAUAAUAUCAUAACCCAACACUGUGACAUACUAGUCACAACCUGGACCAUGUUGAUCAAAUUAUCAGGCGUGGAUUCACCGUGAGGGUGCUGAGUAAAGCCAUGACUUUCCUGAUAAUUUAAUCAUGCAUGGUGAGAGAAUGUAACCCCUAGAGAUGAGAUGUUGGCCUAGGUAUCAUACGAAUGAUGAGCCUGGUGACAUAGCUCAUGAACCAAAUUAAAUUUACUUUAAGUAGCAAAACAAACAAUUUUUGUCACUAACACCAAUGCAUUUUCAAAGUGCAAAAGAUCUGGGUGAUGAUAUAAAAUUGGGAACUAAACCUGAAAACAGUAACAAUAAUAAUAUUCAGUAGUACCAAUGCUUAUUAAUGAACUUUGUUAAGUAUAAUUGUAACCAGAUUAAGAAAAAAAAUAUAUACAUACAUUGUCAUAAAACGGAUGUUAAGAUAAAGGUAUUACUACAAAUAAAGUUAAAUGAUGUAGACAUAGGCAUCUUAAAUGUGGUUGAAAAGCAAAUUCAUGAAAGAUUUAAACUGGCUCAGUUGGAGAAGGGACUGUAAAAAGAUACAGAUGGAAAAUUAUAAAUAUUCUGUUCUUCAUGGUGUAAGAGGUAGCUGGGUAUUUUAGAAUAAGAGUAUUGCUUGUCAUUGAUGGUUGAGGUGGGUUGGAUCACAGAUAUGUGUAGGGGGAGAGAAACAGGAAAUGAAAGUGUAUUUUUAGAUGAUUGAAAAAGUCACUCAGUUGGCAAUUGAGUGUGUUUCAAGUAAACCCUAUCUGGUGUUUUAGGUAAUCUGCUCCACAGUCUCUACCAGAAUAUUCAGUCUACAGGUUCUCUGGAUAUAUUUCUAUCCCAAGUCUGUCGUACAACUGUUCACCUAUCUGUAUUAGCCUCAGGUGUCUUUGUUAGCAUUCAUUAGCUAAGUGAAUUGACUCUGUGUAGCUAACUCGAGGCUUCAGUUCCUACAGAGUGGACUCCGAAUUCAUUCAACACUUUCAUUUUAUAGCUGUUUAAGUGAAACAUCCAAACAGUUUUGGGCCUCUGUGCUCCCCAAAAUUAAUAGGACUACAGCGUUAAAUCAACUUUAGACAAAAAAAGAAACAAGCGCUGUUUUGUUGUUUAUUUACCUGAUUUUCAGUUUUUCAGUUUUUCUUGUUCAGUGAGAGAAGUCUUGUCUCUGAUGGGCUUCAACAAGUGCACUGAAGUCAGCCUGAAUGUCUGAGAGGAACACAUGAAGAACAGCUGACAAGUGGUAGUGAGAAAGAGGGUCUGUAUCUAGAUUUGUUAAACCUCAUCACUGAGAAUGUUUGUUCAUAUGGAUAGAUCCAAAGAGAGCCAACAUCUUCUGUGUGGAAAGUUCUUGGCUUUGAGAAAAGAAUAAAAAUCAAGCAAUGAUAGUGACAUGAAGUGCUCUGCCAGUAGAGAUACAGACUGCAGGUCACUGAGUUAGAGCUAAACAUAACUGGGUGCAUUAUCCACACUGCAAGUAAGGGGAAAAGAAAUCACAUGCAUUUCAUUUGUUUUGAAGUCUUCAAAUUGUCCUAAAAACUCAACAAACAGUGCCCCUAGUCUGACACUUUUCUCUGUCAGACUUGGACAACCAUGAGUUGUAACACCAGCCAGUUUGUUCCAAUUCCAUUCACUUCAAUUUUAUUUACAUAGCACCCAAUCACAACAGACGUUAUCUCAAUGCACUUUUCAUAUAGCGUAGGUCUAGACCGUACUCUUUAGACCCAACAGAUCCCAUCAUGAGCAGCACCAGGCAACAGUGGCAAGGAAAAACUUCCUUUAAGAGGCAGAAACCCUGAGCAGAACCAGACUCAAAGUCGGCGGCCAUCUGCCUCGACCGGUUGGGUUAAGAAAGAGAGAGUCCUAGCUCAUCCAAGCAUGCAUUUACCUCCAUGCACAAACCAGAAAUCAUAUGUCCCAUUCACUGACCACAUUGGUGCAGGCUCCUCCAUGAUCUCAAAGUCUUUUGUUAUCCUAUGUACAAAGAUGGUCUGGGCUGUGCCGCGGACAUCACAGCUCCCGUCCAGAACUAAGGAGAAGAAGUCAAAAUAGUCUGCUUUGUUUUACAGCUGAUACUCCAGAUUUCCUCUAAUAUAUUAGUACCGUGGAGUCCACCAAACACUUCCCAUCAGAGAGUGGCUAAGUGUUUUUUACAGUUUUUGCUUGGUACUUACCCAUAUUGCUUUUGCAGUGGAACUCAGUAAAUAAAUCUUGAUUAAAAACUUCA